GCUCCCCCUGACCCGGAGACGGAUGUGCUGGGAUAGUAACUCCGCAGAGGUGACGGGAGAGGCGGAGCCGCCAUCUUUGAUAAGGCCCAGAUUAGAAAAAUCGGUGACUUUUCUGUGAAAAAUUGAUGUGAAAAUCAAAUACUGAGUAAAUGGAAAAAGGUCAGCAUGGUUCAGGGCAGAGGCUAUGCUCUGGUCUGCCUCGUGGCAGUGUGUGGGACUUAUUGCCUGGCCUGGAAACCUAACAGCCCGAUGGACACUGAGAAUGGCAAACAUACACUUUUACUCCAUACACCGAACACAAGUGAAUCCUGUGAAAGGAGGGUGAAAGUGUCUUCUAUGGAUUUAUGGAGUGCCUCACUGGACGAUGUUCUAGCUGGGCUGCCCAUUGACCCGGUCCGAGAAAACUAUGUAAGAAGAGUGAAAGACUGUAUCUUCUCCCGUGUCUACCCAACUCCAUUUAUAUCUGAGGUGCAACUGGUCGCUGUCUCUGAGGAUGUAUUGGAGAAUCUGCUGGAUCUCGACACCUCUGUUGCCAACACUACUGACUUUCUCCGCUUUGUAAGCGGCAGUAAAUUGAUUUCAGGAUUUGUUCCUCUAGCGCACAGAUAUGGAGGCCACCAGUUUGGUGUUUGGGCUGGCCAGCUGGGGGACGGCAGAGCACAUUUAAUUUCCACGUAUAUUAACAGGUACGGAGAGCGAUGGGAACUUCAGUUAAAAGGCUCUGGAAAAACACCAUAUUCAAGGAAUGGUGAUGGAAGAGCCGUGCUCCGGUCCUCUGUAAGAGAGUUCCUGUGUAGUGAGGCCAUGCAUUACCUGGGGAUUCCCACCAGCAGAGCUGCCAGUCUUGUGGUGAGCAAUGAUGCCAUCUGGAGGGAUCAGUUCUAUAAUAGAAAUGUUAAGAAAGAAAGAGGCGCAGUGGUUUUACGAGUUGCAAAAUCAUGGUUUCGAUUUGGUUCACUUGAGGUUUUGACUAAUUCUGGUGAAUUUUAUUUGCUACGGAAAUUAGUUGACUUUAUCAUAAAGGAACAUUUUCUAUCUAUUAGCCCCGCAGAUCCUAACAAAGUGUUGGUGUUCUUCUCCAAGGUGGUUUCUCAGACUGCAGAUAUGAUUGCACAAUGGAUGUCCGUAGGGUUUGCACAUGGUGUGUGCAAUACAGACAACUUCAGCUUGCUGUCAAUCACUAUAGAUUAUGGUCCAUUUGGCUUCAUGGAAAAUUAUGAUGCUGAUUAUGUUCCAAACACAUCUGACGACGAAGGGAGGUACAAGAUCGGAGCACAGGCCAAUGUUGGAAUGUUUAAUCUGAACAAGCUGCUUCUAGCUUUGAAACCCCUUAUGGACAACAGGCAAGAACAGCUAGCUUUGAAGAUACUGUCUGACUUCCCAAAUCUGUAUUACCAGAGAUUCACAGAGCUCUAUAGGGCUAAACUGGGCCUCCUAGGUGCAAGUGAGGAAGACCUGACUCUGAUUGCAUCAUUUCUGAAUUUGAUGGAAGAUACAAAAGCAGAUUUUACAAUGUCAUUUCGUCAGCUCAGCGAAAUUACACGAUGGCAGCUAGAAAGUGUCACCAUUCCGCAGGAGCACUGGGCACUUUCUAGUAUCAGCCAACAUAUGGAAUUCCCAGCAUGGGUCAGUGCAUAUCUUCUAAGGUUAAAAAGCAAUCCAGAUGAUUCAGAUUCUGGAAGAAGAGAGCGAAUGACAGCCACCAACCCUAGGUACGUACUGCGCAACUGGAUGGCAGAAUCUGCAGUUCGCAAGGCGGAGAAGAAUGACUUCAGUGAGGUUCGGCAGCUGCAGAACGUUUUGCGUAAACCCUUCCAGACACAGAAGAUGGCAGAACUGGCCGGUUAUGCGCAGAAAGCUCCAGGAUGGGCCAAAGACUUAAAAGUCAGCUGCUCAUCCUGAUGCUGCGAAAACUCUGGACUUCGGGUUAAGGUUUAUUAAUACAAUGAAUGUCUUUUGUUUUUAAUAUUUUGCACAUUUUCCUACAGCUGCACAAAAACGAUAUGCACUGUACUGUAUGUUUCUACUGGGCUAGUCCUAUUGAUUAAAACCGAUAUACUACAAUAAAGAUGGCACAUAUAUAUGU